AUGUCUGAUAAAAGUAAAUUGUUAUACUAUUUCUCAAGAACAUCAGAAAAUUUAUUACAAGAAUCAAUUAAUACAUCUCAUAGUACAACUACAAAUGCAGAUAAGGUAAAUAUAAAUGAAGCAAUUGUAUUAAGUGAGAUUGAUGAUGUAUCAUCACCAUCGUCUUCAUCGACAACUCCUACUCUUCAUAAUCAAAAUGAAAUCUAUGAAAAAUCUACUGGUGAAAAUUCGUCAACAACAAUAGCAUCGACAAAUAAUACUUGUGAAUUAUUAAAUAAUAUUCCUAUAAAUGAUUCAUGCAAACGAGAUCCAGGUCGAGGGCCAAUUGCUGCUAAAGAGUUUUUGCUGCUAGGAUCAUAUCAACCAAAUAUAAAAUUUCCAACAACUAACCAUCGGCAUUUUUGUCAUACUUGGUAUCAACGUUAUAAGUGGCUCGAAUUCAGUGAAAUGACUAAAAAAGCUUACUGUUUUGUUUGUCGUUUUGCAUUUUCGGAAGAUCAAUCUGAAAAAGGCUUUACCGUAGAUGGUUUUGAUAAUUGGUCAGUUGGUAUAGCAAAAUUUAAUAAACAUCAAGCAGCAUCAUCACAUAAAUAUGCGAAUGAUUUAUGGGUUAAUACAGUUAAAAAUCAUAGAAAGAAUAAUGAUGUUGCAAAACAAAUCAACAAGCAACAUGAAAAACAAACUUCUGACAACAGAUUGUACUUAAAGGAAAUAAUUCGAACUAUUAUAUUUCUGGCUCGACAAGGAUUAGCAUUUAGGGGUCACAGAGAAAAUGAUGCAUCAGAAAACAAAGGUAAUACAUCUAUUACACAACAUUGA